UUCAGCCGCAGUCAGUUCUACAAACGCUCAGAACGUGUACGGAUGUAACAGCGAUUUAUAGCGGAAGGUGUGCGCGACAACUCGGUAAUAGAACAGCGAGUGUGUGCGAUGGCAAAGCCAACCGGCCGGUGAAAUGUUUUAACGAAAUUCUUAUUAAUAUUAUUAAUCAAACGGUGUUUUCGGUGUGUAAACAAAAGCGUGUGAAUUGUACGCAGUGCGGUAAUACAAACAACAACAGAGUGAAGUUGUAAGUUCAAUAAAAAAGUGCAAAAAAUUCAAGCAUUUACCGGCGUACCAGCGCAGCCAGCGCAGUUAACGCAACGGCAAACAAUGGCAAUAUAAAAGCAAUUUGGUGGCGUCUUUGAAGUGUGUGUGUGUGUGUGUUGCAAAAUAAUAUGAAGAAAAUCGCUGCACAUUCAUUUGUUGUGUAAUCCUCGAAUUCCUUGCAGCUGCUGCAAAAUGAAAAAAGUUUAUUUUGAUUUAUUUACUGAGUUUGGUUGUUGAACCAAAAGUAAACAUUUUUGUUUUUGCAUAAUUUGAGCGCGUACAAGUAAAUCAAUAUUAAGAAACAGCAAUUAAUCAAUAUGAAUGUGCAUGAAAGUCGAAAAAGCAAAAAAUAAAUAAAUAGAAAGAGAAAGAGAAAGAAACACAAAAAGAAAAGGAAAACAAGUGCGUGUGUACAAAAAAAGUGUACAAUGUGGUCAAGAAAUAUAAUGAAAAACGAAAUAAUUCCGAUAAAAUAAAAUAAAAAAAAGAAAUUUUGGAACUUCGUGCAAGUUACAAAUAGUACAUACAUAUAUGCAACAAAAUUUGGUUGAAUAUCCUUGAAAAGUAAGUAAGCAGCCUGAAAGGACAACGCCUACAUUGAUACCUACAUAUAUCCAUAUACAAUAACAACAGCUAUUACACAUACAUAGUUAUAUCCAUAGCAAUAAUAACAUCUUUUGUCAACACUGGAGGCUGUGGCCGCAUUGGCACCCGCCCCAACGGCGCGCUUAACAUUUCUAUAAGUUAUUAACGACGCAAUCAACGACGUGGGCGAUAUCAAUUACUUCGUUGGCAAUGUGUUUGCUACAACACAGCAUCUUAGUUCAACUACUAAUUAAAUAUCUGUUGAUCCUGUGCGAAAAUGGCUUAUUGACAACGAGCAAAACAACAGUUAACGCCAACGGUAAUAAAAUCAUCUCUGGACCAUUUAUGCAACUCGACAAACCAGAAACAACAAGAUUACUAAUCACAAAGCAUUAUUCACAUCAUUAUCUGCCGUGUUACGCCAGCAUCGAGAAGAACUACUACUAUCUAAGCAACGAUACAAAUUACUUUUACACCUGGUAUCGCAAUGACCAAGUGGUGGAGACCCAUAUCGGACGGAACGAAUUCAAAAUCUAUCGCAAUGGCACAUUACGUCUACCGCCCACUGAACGAGCCGCCGGCGCUUAUCGCUGCCAAAUCAAUGUCAACACGACGGCCAUACUUUCGGUGCUCAUCACAGUGGAAUAUCCGGUACUCAGACGCGUAACAGUUGUCUCAAAUAUAACCGCUGUGGCGGGUCAACCACUCGUACUCGACUGUCCGUUCGUAAGUGUGCCACCGGCAAAUAUUAGCUGGUUCUAUGGAAAAGUAUCGUUAUCAAAGCAAUUCAAAGACAACAGGUAUUUAAUACUUGCCAAUGGCACACUCGUAAUACGGAAAUUGACUUUGGACGCAGCAGGGCGUUACAAAUGCUUUGCACAAAAUCAGUUUGCCUCCAAGCCGCUGCUCAGAUGGGGCUUCAAUGUCAUCGAAGAUGCGACAAGUACGGAUCAUAAUGAGCUCCUACCCAGUUUGCAGAAUUCGACGCAGUACGUACCAACGGGUGACAGCUGUCAGUUACGUUGUUACAAUCAGAUUGAUGGACCGCUGAUUGAGUGGUGGUAUCGCAGCUCCUUGAAUAAUGCGGCGCUAAAGAUCAGUAAUCACAGUAAUGAGUACAUCAUAGAGAAUGCAAGCCAGUCGAAUCAAGGUUACUACAGCUGCAUAAGUGGAAGCAGUAAUCAGACCUUUCAUGUGAUUGUUACCUCACCGCCGGUGAUCGUCGAGCCACUAAUCUCGUACGAGAUACUGAUAACCGCUUCGUUGCAAUUCCGUUGUAACGCCACCGGCAAUCCCCGGCCGGUAAUAAGCUGGUAUCACAAUGGGGUUCCUCUCAAAAGUUCCUACACACGCUACAUUGUUGGCAACGAACUGCAUUUGCACUCCUUCGAUCCGAUUGAGGCGGGCAUCUAUCAAUGCUUUGCACGAAAUAUCGCCGGCGAAGUGUACAGUGCGGGAGAGUUGCGUUUCCGCAACAAAGACGAUGGUCUGCUGCUGAAGAAUCCAUUGCAGAAUAUACGCUGCUAUGCGCUCAGCUUUAAUACGAUCAAUGUGACUUUUGAGAGCAACUUUUUUGAGUCGCUCUUCAUCGUGCACAUUGUGCAGAAUAAUCCGCAUCGUUGGAUUUCACCAUUCGCCCCGAUGAAACUAAAUCAUACCUCACAUUUGGUCAUUUCGAGCCACCUACCCGUUUACCGUCCAUUCGAGCUGAUUACGCGCGUACUAGUGCCCACCUCGGAGAUACGCUUGGCCAAUAAGACGCAACAACAGACAAUACUCAGCUCGUUAAGAAGCCCACCGGUGACAUGCUGCACGCAAGGCUUACUCUUACACUUGGUGCACAUGGGCAACGAUACCUUUGUCACUUGGUCACAACCGGAAUUGAAGGGCAAGAAGUUUUUUAUACUCCAAUUCUCCGGUAACCACACCCAACCGCAUCCCCAGCAAUUGCUUAGUCAACAACUACGUGGCACCGUCCAACACGUGGAUCUUACACAGGAGGAUGUCGCGCAGAAGCUUUGUGAUAUUCAAGCGCUCAAUGAAGCACAGACGCGUGUGGUGCUGAGGGGCGCUCAGGCUGCCUAUAUUGACAACAACAGCCAUGUGGAGUUGGAGGAAGAGGUUUUUAGUUUGGUAGUUUUGUCAAAUGUAACAGGUGUUUUAUUGGAGAAUUUCAAUCGCAUCAAAUUACGUGUACUGAUUAUCACGCGUGAAAAUGAGCAUCUGAAACAGGACUUUCGCUAUGUGCAGUGGAAGACGAUCGAGAACGACACCAACGAACUCGCCAACACACCGUUCCGUCUCAGCAUAGUGGAGUCACGCAUGCUUACCUUUCACUUUCACGAACAUUUCAAUGAAUCGUGUGUACACGCCUGUCACUGGCAGAUACAGUUCCCCAUUAUACGCAAAGAGGAGCCCAAAUGUGACCAACUGCCGAUAACCAAUUCACAAGUGGUUAUACGCGGUCUCAAGCCAUCCGAGAGUUAUCGCGUCAAUUUCUUCAGUUGCAAAACACAAACAUUCUAUGGACAAGUGGAUAGGCAGACAUUGCCCGAUCCACCGGGAACCAUCAGCAAUCAACGCGUUAUACGGCAUAAUGGCUUGAAGUUGCUUUGGGAUCCGCCUUUGCAGCCCAACGGCGGCAUCCAUCACUACAACAUACUGUGGACCUUGGGCAAUGUGACACACGAGGUCAACGUGUUGAACUGUACUGUAUGUUCCUUUAAGUUUCCGAACAUAUCUGAGACGGCGAAAAUCAACGUCACUGUACGCGUUGUCGGCGAUACUGGCGUAGGCGCACCAAUUUUCAUUGACUUACGCAGCAUAAGUCAUCAUUCGUUGGAAAUUGAAUGUCCUUCAAGCGAAUCGGAGGUCUAUAGUGGCAUCAUUAUCGGCUCACUGCUCUCAGUCGUUUGUGUGGUUGUCUUCGCGCUGCUUAUCAUAUUCCAACGGCGGCGCUACAAGGCGCGCACACAAGGUCCCACUCACCUCACUUCGCCAUCGGAGAUGAAUUUCGGUAAUCUGAACAAUCCAAGCAUACCCAGCGAGAGCGCAGGCGGUUUGAGUGGCAGCACUUUCCAACAGGAUUGCCACGAAAUGCAGACGUUGAUACCGAAAAGUGGACGCUAUGUCGAUAUACAUGCCGCGCGUCCGAAAGAAUACCAAACCACGCAAUUGCCGAAUGGCAAUGGUAACGGUAAUGUCGUGCGGCGUCAACUCACUGUCGAAGUGGAGACAAAUCCCAAUGCUACACAGCACGACUAUGAGUUGGAUGGGCGUGCAAAUGUGUCGCAGCUGCCGUUGUGCAGUUCAACGCCGGAGAAGGCACCACCGGAUGGUGCGCAUCCCUUUUUCAUACCCUUCAAGCAGACGCCGCCCAAUACUGUGGCAACGGCGCUGCCCAAACAUAGUUCCUCAAGUAAUUAUGCCAAUAAUGGCGGCGACGCUGGCGGCGGCGGUGAUGCAAGCGGUUACGUCGUGCCGCCAAAUACGCUGCCGCUUAUGUCAACGCCACCGACAACGCUCGCGCUCGGCAUAGCCGGCCAGCAGCGUAGCGGCAGUUUUAGCAGUAGCAGUUGUGGCGGUAGUAGUGGUCCUAACGGUAGUCGUAGUAGUAGUAAUAGUAGUAAAAAACAGUUCCAUGCGAAUUACUCCAAACAUUCCAAAUCGAAUGAUGUGAUCUGUCUGCUGGCGGACGAAGAGGUCGCGGCAACAUUGACGCCCACCAGCGAAGCGGCCGUCGCGUUGGCAUUAACUAAUGGUUUCAAGGCAGCAACUGUGGCCAGAACGGCGGCGACAGGUGAUGCGGCUAGAAUAGCAACAAACAAGCCAGUCGGUGGACAGCCGGCAACGCUGACCACAACUAUUGCGACCAUGCAUACGCCCAACCAAAAAAGUACUUCUACAGUCUUAGUUAGUCCUGCCAAUCAGCUAAAACGCGGCGUUUCGGUGAAGCUGAAGAAACCCGCUGCGGACAAUAAAUCGCGCAACAAAUCCAUAGUUCCUGCCUUCGGAUCGAUGGCUGCAACGGACAAAGCCACUGCUGCUGCGGCCGCGUCAGCGAAUCCAUGGUCCACCACAGCGCCACAUUUUACAACGGCCGCAACGUCAGCGUCUACGUCGACGUCCAGCAGUAAUAGCAACGCUUUUAGUGUGGCUUUCAGCGGCGCGCAUCGUCGUCUCAACGUGGAUCCGAACGGUUGAGCGAAGGCGCGGCAGACAUGUAUACAUACACACACACCUACAAAAGCUAAGAAAAUUCAAGUUUCGCGUAAGUAAAGUAAGUGAGCCAUUUUCAGGGAGGUAAAAAUUGUGGAAAACGAAACACAUUCAGGAUAAAAAAUAGUGAUUCGGCGUCGCGCUGUUGACGCCGUCGAUAAUGUAGGCGCGCGCAUGCGUGCACUUUAAAACUACAAAAGCAAUGUAAAGAGAAACAUUCCAAAACCUAUAGGUAUACAUAUAUACACAAACAUAUAUACAUAUACAAAUAGUAAACAAAAAAAAAUAGAUAUAAUAGCAAUAGGCACCCUGAUCCCCCCAAAAAAAAAAACAAAAACACAAAUAUUAUUUAGCAUAUUUUAUAAAUGUGCGCAAAUGGCUAUGCUAGCUGCUGCAAAGCGUUUAGUGGCUGAUGAUAUAAACUAUAAUACAUACAUACAUAAAUACAUAUAUACACACAGAAAUGCAUUUAGCGAAUAUUUACGAAGAGCAGAAGAGAAUACUACAUAGUGGAAUAUAACAGAAAUCUCGUAUUUUUUACGUUUAUAGUUACAGUUAAACACACUUACACCACACAGACCCAUGUAUAAAAAAUAGAAGGUCUACAACUUUGCUUCCGGCGUUUUUUUUUUUGUAAAUUUAAGUGUUUUUUUUUGUAUAAAAACAGUUACAAAUGUCGAUGAGCCUCAGCCGCACUUUUCUUGAAAUUAAAAAAGAAAAGCAAAAUUUCCCGCAAAUGUCGAGAAUUCGGCUCAAAAAGUGACAUUUUCAGUUGAGAAUAAGUUUGGGAUGCCAGCAGAUCUCUACAAAUAUUUUGUUGGGUUAAUGUUGACACAAAUGUCCAAGAUCGAUAUAAAACGAUUUAAUCGAUUUAAUCGACCAGUGCUUGACCCUAGAGACAUCUAUUGGAAAACGGCGGAAGCAAAGUUGUAGACCUAUAUAUAUACACAACAACAAAUUAUACAAAAGUCAUAGGAAACUCUACAUAAGAAUUGAAUAUCCUGAAGAACAAACGGAACUCCGCAAGAAACCAUAUGAAGCUACGCGUUGCUGUGGUACGAAAUCAUACUAGAAAUUUUAUUUGUUUUUUAAUUGUGUCGAAGAGCAUGAGUUCCGUUAUUUGCAUCGUUGUGUUUCAGUUUGUUUGUGUUUUAAAAUCAACUGAGGCUAGUUUAGUAUAGUUUUUGUUUAACAAAGUAUAUUUAUUAUGAUUUUUUUUUUAAUAUUAUGUUUAUACACUCUCUAAGUUGCAGAUUUAGUUUUAGAACUUUUAAAGAAUGGAUCUGGAAAAUGAAAAAUGUUAGUUGUAAAUAAUAUUAUGUUGCUUGAAGAUUACUUCAUUUAUCGUUAUAUUAAUUUGAAACGUGUUUUGUUAAAUUAAUUCAAAACAAAAACAUCAAAAUUGGGAUAUAAUAUGAUAGCUUAUCAAGUUCACGCAGACUCUUACAUGACUCUUGACCAUCAGACCCCUUGUCACAUAGACCUUAUUAUAUCCAGCAUAGCCCAGAACUCUCACAUAUGUUAUAGCCUUUUCACACAGGAGCUAAUAGAUCAAUUAACCGGCCUCUGCUCGAUUAAAACGCUGAUUAAAAUCGAUUUAGCAUACAAAAGAAGAAUCGACAUUGAUUUUUAAUUGAAUUUUAAUCGACUUGAAAAUGAAAUGCAACUCUGCGACAAAGACCGCAUUUGUAAUUAUAUAUAAGUUCUUUGUUUGCCAGCAAUCAGCUGAUGAAAAUUACUAACUUCCUAUGAAAAGCAAAAACAAAAAUGUAUAACAGCUGAUCGGUUAUCAAGUACACGACAUUGUGAAGGGCAAAAACUGGUUCCUCAAUCAAAUUUUUAAUUGAUCAAUUAAUUUGGCUGUGUGAAAGGCUAUUAGCAGCUUAUGCUGUUAGCUAUACCGGCAGAAGGAAUCAGACAGUAUGUAGCUUUUAUAUUUUUAUUGGUUCUAGUUUUGAUAUAUUUGUCUCCUUGCGAAAUGCGGGAAUGACCGAAGCACUUUCGACCUGACUAUACUUCAUACUUGUUUUUCAUUUUUAAAGAUACCCUGGAGUAUUUUCUGCAAUUGAAAUUACUGUUGCAUUUGUGAUACGUUCCGACUCAACGCGCAAGGUGUCAAUUGUCAAAUUUCGGUUAGAUCUUGGAGUCUCACAACCUUUCAAAAAUAGACAAAAUUUCAACUAGAAUGGAUUAUAUAAAAUAGUCCACUAGAUUACAUCUUCUGUUGACAUUUAUAGCUCUGUUGAUAGACUGGAUUUUUUAAUUGAAAUGAGUUUCAGACUACCCUUUCCUUCUUGAUAGAAUUGCUAUUACACGAAUGCAUUUUAAUUAAAUUUCUUUAACGGGCUAUACCAAUGUAACACAAUUAAAAUUAAGCGAUUUUCGUAAAUUUAUUUUUUUAAAGUACACGAUCGAAUGUUUCGAAGGUUUUUGGACAUAAUAAUGAAUAUUUUCAGUUAUAUUUUAAGAUUUUUUUGCAAAAAUUUUGGAAAAUAACGGAGUCUUCGGAGGUGCAAAAAAAAAAGUUCCCCAACUGCUGACAUGGUUCCAGCCAAAUGAGUAGUUGAAACAAAAAAAUUCAAAAAGGUUAUUAAAGUUUAAGGAAUUUCCUAUACAAUGACCUACGAUUAUUGAAAAAUUAACAAAAUGACGUAGUUCUGAAAAAUUGUCGUUUUUUAGGUCAAAAAUUGUCGUUUUUUUAAUACCAAAUUGACAAUUUUCAACAAAUCAUUGUAUAGUAAAUACUAUAUUCAAGAAAAUUCAGUUUGAAUUAGAAGUCGAUCGGUAAAUUUCUAGUUGAGUUAUGAUGUCAGCAAUUUUGAGAAUUAUCGUUUCGAGAAAAACGCGUUUAAAGUUUCAACUACAUGGGUUUAUACCUACGAGCUGUCGCUCUUUAGAACACUGCAAUUUAAAAACUAUUCAAGAUGUGACCUUACCGCUUUCACAGGAUAUUUUUUUAAACUAUAAACUAUCGAACAGGCAAAAAAUAAAAAAAGAUCGAUUUUUUUAAAUGUCGCACAGGUAUAGACCCUUAAAUGGCAACUUAUUAACAAGGUAUAUUAGGAGUAAUGUUGAAUAUUUUUAGAAGCUCUUAUCUAAUUUGCAGAAUAAUUUACACUUUUUUGUUGUAAUAUGUAGUAGUUUUAAGAUUUUUUUUAAUUUAACAGAUUGGCGUUUGCCAAAAAUAAUAGAAUAACACACAGUUAAACACACAGACACUCUUAUAAAAAACCUAACAUACACAUAUAAAUAGUUAUAUUACAUAGAUACAUUCACACACACACGAAUUUGUAUUAGAAUACAUAUGUGAAGGUAUGUAACAACUAAACGUUCCACCCAGUUAUUCAUAAAAAAAUGUUCAUGUAAACAAAAGUGCAAUAACCCAAAAGUAAAUACUAAAAUCCACAUACAUAAUUUGAAAAUGAAAACUAAACAUUUCAAUUAUCAUAUUUUCAAAUAAGUGUCACUUUAAAAGUGCACUCAAUACAAUUUAUCGCAUGCGAGAAAAUUUUCUGAAUGAAAAUAUUAUGCAGUAUCUAUGUGAUUUAAUGCUUUGCAGGCAUAUGAAAAUCGAUAUAUGUAUGAACAUAUAGAUAUAUAUGUAUGGAUGUAAGGAUAUCAGUGUGAAAUAUUAUUUUCUAUAAGCAAAUCGUUGAUUUUUAAGAUAUCGAAAGUUUCAGUGAAGAGUAAUAUUAAUAGCUGGCGUCUAAGUCCGAACUUUAGAGACAGCUUUUCUUACAUAUCGCUGGAGCUCCCAACACUUCAUUAUUUAAAAUGAAAAUACAAAAAUCGCGUUUCUUUAUUUUAACUUCAUGUAGUGUCUAAACCUUUCAGACACUUCAAACACAUACUUAUAUGACAAAAAGAUGUAGUAUUACUAUAUUUGCUACAAAUGUAUUUCUCUCAUGAUAUAAAAUUAGCUCUACAAUUUGAUGGAUUUUUAAAAAUAACCAUUAUUGAACUUUGAAGUAUUGGAAAAUUAUGUAUCUUUUAAAACACUGUAUUAAAGAGUAACACAUAAGUCAAUUUUCUCGCAUGCGAUAAAAAUAAUUAUAUCACAUGAUUUAUUAAUUUACGCAGUAAUAAAGCAGUCAAGCAAAACAUAAACAAAUUACACUGCAGGAGAGCCAAAGAUGUUAAAAACAAAAAAAAAAACAACAACAACCACAAAAUAGUUACACUCUCCACAAAAUAAUAUAGAAACCAAUCACUUGUGUUCAUUUACAUAAUUUCAUAUAAAAAAUUGUUGUGUUUUUUAAUUUAUUUUUUCCAUUUUACAAUGCAUACAUACAAUUAAUUUUAUAUAUUUACAAGCAACACAGUUACACAUAAUAAAAUCAUAUUUAAAUAGUUGUAAACAGUUGAAAAUAAAAAUGCAUUUAAUAGUUAGUAUAUAUCUAAUAUACUAAGAGACAUACAUAUAUAAAUAUAUAAAUAUGUAUGUAUGUAUGUUUUACAACUACACUGGUAUUGUAAUUGAAAAACAGCAGAUUUUAAAGAAAUGGCAGAAAACGUAAUAAAUACAUAUGUACAAACCGUUAGCAUUUAUCAACAAAAAAAAAACGAAAACAAUAAAUAAAUUUAUUUAUUUAAAAAGUUUAUAAAAACAAAAACAACAUUUUUAAUGAAAACUUGAAAAACAAAGUCCAGACUGCCCAAAACAAACGGCUAGCAGCAACUAUUUCGACUAUUCCAAAAAACGUACUUGAGAUUCCUAAAGCAACUACAUACAGACAUAAAAGAGUAUAUAAGUGCAUAUAUGUAUGUAUAUAUAUAUAUAUAUAACAAUAUGUAAGAAUUUUAAAGCAAAAAAUAUAUAAAUUUGUACUAAUAAAAGGAAAAUAAAGUGCAGCAGUUACAAAAAAUAUUUAAUACCAAAAGUAUAUUUAUAUAUAUACACACACACAGAUAUUAGAUUACUACAUGCAUACAAAAGAAACAAAGAAAAAUACAAAAUACAGUUAAAAACACAUACACCCUCAUACACAUACAAAGCGCUAAUUUUUUUUUUUUGUAUAUUUAUUUAUUGAAAAUAAAUAUUAAAAAAUAAUAAAGAGGUUAGAAGUUAAGCUAAAUUACAACAAAAUAUUGUCACGGCGAAAACAUUGCAGUAAAAACACUGUUUAUUGUCGCCGUGCAAAUCGUGGAUGUGAUAAGUGUUUAAAUUUGAUGUAAAAAUUCGAGUAAAUUAAGUUAAAUCAUGAAAGAACACGCAAAACUUGUAAAGAGCAUUUAAAAUGUAAAAGAAUUAAACAAAGUUAAAAAAAAUUCUAGUUUUGCAGAAAUUCUGUAAUUUUCUUGAUCAAACAUCAACUGUGAUUUGCAGAAAGGCAUAUAAAUCACAAGCAGCAUAGAACUUCAGCGAAAGCUAUGGGUUUAAAACUAGUGAUCCAGAGUUUUAGUAGAUUUUGCAUACUUUCGGAGGUUGAUUUUAGCAGCUUUCCUUUCCUUUUAUAUAAGCAACCGGCAAAUUUAACAUUACUCAGAGGUGUCAAACUUCUCCGUUGGCUGUGAACCAGUACGAACAGGAAAAUGCAGACAAAAAAAUUCAAAUAUUAUACAAAAUAGUCGUAUCCUACGCAGCUAAUUUCACAAAAAAUUUUUAGAUGGAACUUGCAAAAAGUUAUCAAAGAACUCGUUAGAAACAUUAAGGGAGGGGUCUGGGUUUUCACUUUCGAAAAAUCGAUUUUUUUUGUAUUAUCUUAUUGUUUAACAUUUCAAGAAUAUGUCCUCAAAAUUUUAAUCCGAUCUAAGCAAUAUUCAUGAAGUUAUUGUUUAAUUAGUCUCGGGGCCUUUAACGC